AUGUGGUUUGUUUUUGCCGCUGCGCCCUAUGCAGCUGGGCUUGUUUUCUUCCUUUUUGUAUACUUUCUUGUGCUUCCUUAUGUCGAAUACCUUCGAGACCCCAAGGGUCUAAGAAAAUACCCUAAUCUCUCUCCCUUCUCUGGAUUCUCAGCAAUUCCAUUCAUGAUACUCGCUUCUCGAGGUUUCCGAUCAAUGGAAUUGAUCGAGUUGCACAAGAAGAACCCCGUCAUCCGAACAGGGCCCAAUCAACUAUCGUACGGUGAUGUUCGUGCCAUCAAGGAUAUCUAUGGCCACAACACAAAAUGCACCAAGGAUUCCUCCUAUGUCGUCACAGCCGGAACCCAUUACAACCUGGCAGAUGUCGUCGACAAGCCAGACCACGCUCGCAAGCGCAAGGUCCUUUCCUCGGCAUAUGCCCUGAAGAACCUCGAGACAUGGGAAUACAAAGUCACAGACAAGGUUGAACGGAUGUUCAAGCACUUCGAUAAAGUCUGCACGGCACCUGCGUCCGAGGACGUCGCAUCUGGCAAAGUCGCACCAGCCAAGGAAGAUCUCACACUCGACUUCCGAGCCUGGAGCAACUUCUUCACUCUCGACGCCAUCGCCGACAUCGGUCUAUCAGAGAAGCUGGGCUUCCUAGACAAUGGCUCUGACAUGUGUAUCGCGGAACGCAAAGACGGCUCCACCUACGAGACCAGCCUACGCGACGCCCUCUACCCCACUGCUCGCAAGCAAUCCUACAUCGUGUGGGACUACGCAUGGUACCCAGUCCUCAACAAGCUAGUCAAUGUCAUCCCAUUUUUCGGACGCAUGCAGACAUCUGCAGACAACUGGGAAAACAUCAUGUGGCGCCGAGGCAGCGAGAGACUGCGACGCUACGAAGCCGGCGAGAAACUAGAGGAUUUCUUCCAGGCUCUGAUGGAAGACAAGAAUGGAAACCCCAACAACCUCGAAUGGGGUGAAGUUGUCGCCGAGUGCAACAUCAUGAUGAAUGCCGGUAGUGUGACUACCGCCAUCGCCAUUGCCAACGUGCUGUACCAGCUGCUUCGCAACCCCGAGACACUAGCCAAGCUCCGCGAGGAACUCGAUGCUAUUCUGGAUGAAGACGAGAUUGUCGCGGACUAUGAUAAGGUAAAGCACCUGCCCUACCUGCGCGCUUGUCUCGACGAAUCCCUCCGCAUCUUUCCGCCUACCUCGCAUGGUCUUCCUCGCGAGACACCUCCCGAGGGAACCAACAUCCUCGGGGAGUGGGUUGCCGGUAAUACCUCUGUUAGCAUGUCUGCCCUAGUGGCACACCGCGAUGAGGGUGUGUUCCCCAAUGCGGGCCAGUACAUUCCCGAGCGGUGGUUGGGUGAAGAGGGCAAGGCACUGCAGCCCUACUUGGUUGCAUUCUCUGCCGGCGCACGUUCCUGCAUUGGUCGCAAUAUCUCGUACCUGGAGCAGACGAAGGCUAUUGCUUCGAUUGUGCAUCGUUAUGACUUUGCGUUGCCUUACCCUGGUUGGGAAUUGAAGAGAGAGGAGACUAUGAACUUGAUUCUGGGUGAUAUGCCUGUGAAAAUUUGGCGCCGGAAUAUGGGGACUACUGAAGCCUAG